GGAGGGAGUCCCUAUCCCACUAACGUUACCGUCAGACGCCACAAGUCUAGCAGUACCGUCCUCAGCGCAGUCUGCUUCAGCACCUUGCCAGCCUGGCUGCCUGCAAUGCCCUUGGAUACUGCCGUCCCUCUCAUCGCUACACAAUUUACAUUAUUCUGAACGAGAGAAUAAUAGCUGGAAAAUACUUCAGGACAGGACGAGGGAUACUGGAUUUAUAUUACCGUGUGACGGCGUUCAGUGUCUUUAUUUCUGUGAGCCUGUAUGGGGCGAAUGGAGAGGAGGGUGCAUCGAUAAUUGAGGGAGCAGAGCAGGACUUGCUGCCUGCUGCAGAAAACCUGACAGCUCGGUGGAUUUGGAUUUGCUGCUGGGACCAGCAGUCGGGCGCGGGGUUGCGCGUCAUAUCAAAGGAUUUCUCCAGACGGAGCGCUUCUACUUUUUGAAACCUGAGUUCUAAAAAACCGUCUUGCAUGGAUACAACAUCAUGGCUACGUUUGUAUGCAGGGUACAGUUCUUAGAUGAUACUGAUCCAUUCAACAGCACCAAUUUUCCUGAGCCGACCAGACCGCCUCAGUACACUUUCAGGGAAGAUAUCCCCCUUAUCAAUCAGAUUGCUGGAGUCCACAGGCUUCUCAAAGCCCCACACAAGCUUGAUGACUGUGCCCUCCAGCUCUCCCAAAAUGGGAGCUACCUGGACUUGGAGUCUACCCUGGCAGAACAGAGAGAUGAACUGGAGGGCUUUCAGGAGGGAGGAAGAGGCAAGAAGCACAGCAUCAUCCUCCGGACACAGUUAUCUGUCAGAGUUCACGCUUGUAUCGGUGAGUGAAACACUUUUCAUUUUGAAGCACUGUCUUUUCAUUUGGAAGCAUUGUGGGUAUUUAAGUUGCGACUGUAAAAUGUGGAGGUAUCUGGAGUCAGACAGUGUUGCUAAUGUCAACCUCUGCUGCAUCACCUGCACAUCUCAUUAGAAUAUAUAGUCUGUUUGACUACUUAUUGGAUGAUUGAAAAUUAUCGCACUAUCACUCACAGC